CUUUUGACAUUUUUUGUCUGAAUUUGUCCAUUUAAACACAAUACUUCAGAGAGAUCUUAUAUUUGCUCGCGAUCUGAGGUGCGGGUUUGGACGCUUUGGAUGAGCGCAUCCACAAAUCUUCUCACUGCACGCGCAAGCUCACAUCCUCUGGCUCUUAAGUGUUUAAACCAGCAAAGCUUAAAUGAGUUUAGUUUAAACACAUAUUAACGUGUGCUGUUCAGGUCUCAUCUGUGCGCGCGUGCUAUCAGCCCCCGGGUGAUGACGGAAUAAAUGACUGCUCAUAUUCCAGCAUAAGGCAUUCACAUUGAACAAGAGAGCAUAGUUUGUCCAGGUUUUUUUUUUUUCCAUCGCUGUUAUUGUAAUGUCUGGGAAUCCAGAAUGCACAUCCAUCAACAGAAACAUAUAUUAGCUGAACCCUGUUUGUUUUACGUCCUAUUUACAGCAAAUCAUAUUACAGGUGCUUUGUCAGAUUUAAGUUGAACGCGGGCCCAGCGCGUGCCAAACUGUGUGUGGAGAACCGAACGGUUCAGGUUUUUUUUCAGAGAACCGUGCCAUCUCUAGUUAGAACCGUAGCUGUUUAACAUUUUGCAGUCAUAUUUGUAUGCCUAUGUAAAGUUGACUUUAUUUGCACAUGCAGUGUUUUUUUGUACGGUGUCUUAUGUUUUCAGAAAAGCAUCUGAAAUGGAUAUGGAGCAUAAUUCUCCUGCUAAAGAGUGUCACUGUGAUAGGAUCGAGAAGACAACAUAUUCAGUGGAUCCACUCUCUAAUUUCAGAACUGGAGCUGUGAAUGAUGAAAACACUGGGGGAAAUGAAGUUGCCAUUAAAACAGUCAAAGCCACUCACAAAACCAGCAUGAAGAACAAGUAUGAGCGCUUGUUUGAGGGAAGCAAGCUACAAGAGAAUGAAACCCUCCUGAACAUCAUCUACACACAGCUCUACAUCAUUGAGGGAGAGAGAGAAGGGGUGAAUGAACAACAUGAGGUUUUACAGAUAGAGAACACAACCAGAACACAAGACACUCAAAUCUGCUGCAAUGACAUCUUUAAAGCCUCAUCUAAACCACGACGUGAAGAGAAAAAGAAAAUAAAGAACAAAAUAAUAAAGACUGUUCUUACUAAAGGCAUGGCUGGAAUUGGAAAAACUGUCUCUGUGCAGAAAUUCGUUCUGGACUGGGCUGAAGGAAAAUCCAAUCAGGAUGUAGAUUUCAUGUUUGUGCUUCCGUUUCGAGAGCUGAACUUGAUUAAAGAUGAUGAGUACAGUCUUCACAGACUUCUGCUGGACUUUCAUCCUGAACUUCAAGAUCUGGACUCAAAGAUGUAUGAGGAGUGUAAAGUUGUGUUCAUCUUUGAUGGUCUGGAUGAAAGCAGAGUCACACUGAAGUUUUCAGAUGCUCAGAAAGUUUCUGAUAUAAAUGAGUCUUCAUCAGUGGAUGUGCUGAUGUCAAACCUCAUCAGAGGAGAUCUGCUCCCCUCUGCUCUCAUCUGGAUCACCUCCAGACCAGCAGCAGCCAAUCAGAUCCCCUCUGAAUACAUCAACCGUGUGACAGAAAUACAGGGAUUCGAUGACCCUCAGAAAGAGGAAUAUUUCAGGAAGAGAAUCAGUGAUGAGCAUCAAGCAAACACGAUCAUUUCACACAUCAAAAGAUCAAGAAGCCUCCACACCAUGUGUCACAUCCCCGUCUUCUGCUGGGUCUCAUCCACUGUGCUUCAAAACAUCUUAGAAGAAGAUCUGAGUGCAGAAAUCCCUCAAACUCUGACUGAAAUGUACAUCCACUUCCUGCUGAUUCAGAUCAACAUGAGGAACCAGAAGUAUGAAGAUAGAGAUCCAGAGAAACUCCUGAAGUCCAACAGAGAAGUGAUUUUGAAACUUGCUGAAGUGGCUUACAAUCAGCUGAUGAAGGGCAAUGUGAUGUUCUAUGAGGAGGACCUGAUUGAGAGCGGCAUAGAUGUCACUGAAGCAUCAGUGUAUUCUGGGAUUUGCACUGAGAUCUUUAAAGAGGAAUCUGUGAUUCAUCAGAGGAAAGUCUACAGCUUCAUUCAUCUCAGCUUUCAGGAGUUUCUGGCAGCUUUCUAUGAGUUUUACUGCCACCUACACAACAAGAAGGAAGUACUGAAGACAUUUUUAAUAUCCGAGCAAUUAUCAUUGAACGUGCUGCUUAAAGCAGCAGUUGAUAAAUCAUUGCAAACUGGACGCUUGGAUCUUUUCCUCCGCUUCCUGCUGGGCAUCGCACUGGAGUCCAAUCAGAAACUCUUAGAGGAUCUACUGAGUCACACGGAGGACAGCAGAGAGACUUAUUAUGAUAUUGCAGCAUAUAUUAAAGAUACAAUUAUUGGUGACAAACAACUGUCAGCUGAUAAAUCUAUCAAUCUCUUCCUCUGUCUGCUGGAACUGAAGGAUCAGACUCUCUACAGAAAGAUUCAAAGUUUUGUGAAUUCAGAUAGACUCCCAUCGACGAAACUCUCUCUCCCUCACUGCUCAGCAAUAGCUUACAUGCUUCAGAUGUCAGAUCAAGUGCUGGACAAACUGAACCUCAAGAAAUUCAACACAUCAGAUGAAGGCAGAAGGAGACUAAUACCAGCUGUGAGAAACUGCAGAAAAGCCCUAUUGUCAGAUUGUAAACUCACUGAUCAGUGUUGUGAAAGUGUGACUGCAGCGUUACAAUUUAAUUCCUCAUUGAGAGAGCUCGACCUGAGUAACAAUGACCUGAAAGAUUCAGGAGGGAAGAUGCUCUUUGAUGCACUGAAGAGUCCAAAGUGUGAACUAGAAAUACUGAGGUUGUCCAUCUGUAAUUUCACUGAUCAGUGUUGUGAAAGUCUGGCUUCAGCUCUUCAAUCAUCAAACUCCUGUCUAAAGGAGCUGGACCUGAGUAACAAUGACUUGAAAGAUUCAGGAGUGAAGCUGAUCGCUGAUGCACUGAAGAGUCCAAACUGUAAACUGGAGAAGCUGAGAUUAUCUGGCUGUAUGGUGACAAAGGAGGGCUGCUCUCAUCUGGCUUCAGUUCUGAGUUUAACAUCCUCCCGUUUGAGAGAGCUGGAUCUGAGCUACAAUUACCCUGGAGAUGCAAAACUCGAACAAUGCAAACUGGAAAAACUUUGUCUGGAUCACGGGGGAGAGAACAUGAUUAAACCAGGACUACACAAAUAUUUCUGUGAUCUCACACUGGAUCCAAACACAGUACACAAUCAGCUCUCUCUUUCAGAGAGCAACAAAAAGUUGUUAUAUAAUUCAAAACCCAUGUCACAUCCUGAUCAUCCAGAGAGAUUUGAUGGCCUUCCGCAGGUUCUGUGUAAAGAGCGUCUUUCUGAACGCUCUUACUGGGAGGCUGAAUGGAGCGGGUUGGGUGAUAUGGUCGUGUCAUAUAAAGGAAUCCCCAGGAAAGGAAAAGGUGAUGACGUCAGGUUUGGAACCAAUGACAAAUCCUGGAUUCUGUGCUGCUUUGCAGAGAAACUGUAUACCUGGCAUAUAGUUGAGGAAACUGACAUAACUCCUCCAGCACCUCCCUCUAACAAAUUUGGCGUGUAUCUGGACGAGCCGGCUGGGAUUCUGUCCUUCUACAGCAUCUCUGACACAAACACACUCAGACACUUACACACAUUCAACACCACAUUCACUGAACCCCUAUAUGCUGGAUUUGUGCUGUAUACUAAUUCAGUGUCUCUCUGUGAUGUUAAACACCAGAAUGAAUAAUUACAAGAUAUACAGUGGCCCCAAAAUGUAUCAGGUCUUAUGAAACAAAAUUACAAAUGUCCAAACAAGUGUCCUUUAAGUUAAAUAUAUUUUUAGAACAGAUAUAUACACAUGCACGUUCAUGUUGACAGUGACUAUAAAAACAGGAGGUGUAACAGAUCACACCACUAGUUAGUAGUUACUAGUUUCUGUUAUUUUUUAGUGAUUUUUAAAAA